AUGGCUCCAGGCAACGCGCUUAAGCGCGUCUCGCCCGCGUCGCUCGAGUCCAGUGGCGGUAAGCGCAGUGCAAAGAGGCGCACGUCUCCCAGGAACGCUGCUGGAGAAGUAGGAGGAUCUGUGCGCAGGGGCUCGCGCGGGACGGCGGAUCGCAGGCUGGACUCUAUCGCGACAGGGAAAGAGGCCUUGACGUCCUCUUGCAAGGACGCGGUUGGCGCAAAAGGCGGUCUGGAGGAAGAUGCUCAGAACGUGGACACUGCUGCUACUGAAGACUCGGACGACAAGAAAAGAGCGGUGAGCAAUGGAAAGAGCACGAGUGAUGCUGUAGCCAAGUUGGUGACGUCGGAACCAUCAAAGAAGCGCUUGCCGCGUGCUAGGAAAACUGUGGCCAGCGUGAAGCCACAAACGAAGACAAAGACUCCUGCGAAAGUCAAGCCAAAAGCCAAGCCCGUGUCCAAAGCUGGGCCGAAGCGGAAAGCACGGACGCAAGAGAAUAAGGCGGGGGAGAACGCACCGUUGUCGAUGCCGUUUUUUGUCGAGACGGGCGCUGAGUGGAACAACACAAACAUUGACUUUGAUGAGCUGAGCACUCUACGGUCGCAGUGGGAGCUGCUUGCAGCGUGCCACAUUCUCUGGCUUCUGCAAAGUCCUUUGACGCUGCGCUUUUCGGACACGCUGCUUGAGUACGAAGCCGCGUUGCUGAAGCCGGAAGAGAGUCCAGUGCUGGAGGACGUGUUUACAAAAUUGCUGCUAAAGAAAAGCGAGCGAGCGUGCCUGAGUGCUGGGAUCGGUCUCAAGUACGAGUGGUGGAACAAGCAGCUGCGCGUGUACUACCUCGACAUGUACGACAAGUGGUACGCGUUGCUACGCAAGGCCGGCGAGCGGCUUCCAGGCUCUUUUUCGCAAGACGAGGACGAUGAUGACAGUGAUGUCUCGAGCAGCGAGAUUGAGGAUCCGGUGGAUGUGGAACUCACGGACGAUGAGUGGCUGACACUCGACAUUCUGAAGACACGUCUUAAAACCCUUGGCGUGGUUUGUCCAUUGAAGCACCAGUCCUUUGCAGACUUGUCAAUCGAGCUGCGAUGCAAGAUUUUGCUGAACCUGUGUGAGGCCGUGAUUGACGACCCCAGCAAUACCGAACACAUGCGUCAGAUGGAGGACGACGACCUGCGUGUAGAGCCACUCGGCAACGACCGCGCUGGGAACUUGUACUAUUUUUUCCCGCAGUUUUACGAGGAGCGGCGACUGUAUCGAUUGGACGUGGAGACACAACAGUGGGCACUGUGGGCAAAGGGGGACGAUGCUUUUCGCUCCAUGUUCACUGCCAUGAAGCGUAUUUGUGGACGUAAGAUCCGGGGCGAGCAAGAACUGCUGGAUCACUUGGAAGUCAUUGUAGAGCAGAUUGAAGACGAGGCUGAAGCGCGCGCACGGCAAAUGGAGAAGGCGAACCGCCUAGCGAUUCUCGAGGCAAUUCCGCGUAAGCGUUCGCUGCGUCUUCAGGUGAAGCAGCUGGUGCGAAUGGAGAAACAUCAAGAGGAACUGAAGCACCAGAAGGAACUGUCGAUGGAGGAAAUCGCCGCGAUGAAGCGCGUCGAGUCGUUGCGCAAGGAAGAGCGCGAAGCGGACAAGGAAGUGCGUGACGCCGAGCGCGAGGCACGCCGCUUGCACCGGGAGCAGACCGAGCGCAAGGAGGUGGACGCUAAGCGUACGACUCCGCCCAUUUGA